AUGUUCUUCAGCUACUCCGAGACGGAUUGCAAGUUGAGUGACACUUGUGACGGCAUCAACACGUUCGAGACGAACUUCACAAACUACCACUUGGCGUUGACCCUGGCGCCCACCUUCGCGCCAGGGGUCCCAACACCUGCGCCCACUCCGGUGACGUAUGGGAUCUACGACACAGGAAAGUGCAAGGGCCUUGGCACAACGGGCAUAUCCGGACUGACCGUCGAGCAGUGCGGUAGCCUGUGCGCGGAUUCGAGUGGUUGCAUGUUCUUCAGCUACUCCGCGACGGAGGGCAAGUUGAGUGACACUUGUGACGGCAUCAACUUGUUCGAGACGAACUUCACAAACUACCACUUGGCGUUGACCCUGGCGCCACCCUUCGCGCCAGGGGUCCCAACGCAUGCGCCCACUCCGGUGACGUAUGGGAUCUAG